AUGUCUGAAAUCCUAGAAGAAAUCAAGAAUAAGCUGGUUUUUCCAAUCGACUAUCCCAGCCAGGAGAAAACCGAGUGGUUACAAAAUGCUCUGCUGGCUCUCGGAGCUCUCAUAUCAUGUGUUGUCGGUUUCUACAAGCAAUCUCUCGUAUAUUUGCUAGCUGUUUACAUCUUCUCGGUGGUGCUCACGUUGAUCGUGGUUCUACCUGCCUAUCCGGCCUACACAGCCAGAAAGCUCGAAUGGGUGAGACCUAAGAUAAUCAAUUGA